AUGGACGACCUCUCAGGCCUCGAUUGGUCUUCAAAGCCAACUGGCGGCCAACCGAAGCCGCCAGUAAUGAACCCAUCUUUUGUGUCAAUGCGACCAACACCAUCUCCUUUGGGUUCUGGACGCAACACUCCUCUGUCCACACAGGGUUCUGGUUCCUUGACUUCCAAGGCGGCGCCGGCACCAGCGAAGCCAUCACAUGACAGUUUUAGCAAUUUGAUGAAUUUUGGACCAGCAAAGGCGAAGCAGAACCUAACCUUGGCUGAGCGACAGGCGCAACUCGAAGCUGAGAAACGUCAGAAGGAGGAGGAGAGGAGGAAGCAACAGGAGGCCCAAUUUGGCAACGGUCAAUUUUGGGACGCGCUUGGAAGCAGAGGCGCAUCGACAAGUCCUGCAUUGCAACCACCACCUGCAUCGAACACGACAAAGUCUGACGACGACGACCUCUUUGCUGCCUUCAACAAGGACACCAAAGUUGACAAUGCGAGCCACUACCCACCCCCCGAAUCGCAUCGAUCGACCCCAGCAAACGCAGCUCCGUCUGCACCGCCGAUCAACUUGAGCGACCCGAACGCGUGGAAGACUAGUGGGGGUGGCUCAAAUGGAGGUGGAUUUGGAGUCGAAGACGACGAUCCAUUCGGAUUGAACGGGUUGAAGCCCGCUGCUGCUCCUGCGGCGCCUACUCAGCAGGCUGAUGAUGACGACUUCCUAGGUGACCUUGGCCGCCCUGUUGACGAAGUGCGACGCAUGCAGGAAGCAAGCCGGCCCCGCGCCGAACCUGGAAAGCCUAUCGAGGAUGAAGAUUCAAGCUCAUCCGACGACGAGGCUCCGCCAGCACGAGAGCAGUUUGCUGAGCGAAAACCCAGAGUCAAUAAGGAUCCUUUUGACAGAGCGGUGGCUCAGCUUGUGGACUACGGAUUCUCUGCAGAUGAUGCCCGACGUGCCCUGGUUGAAAGUGGUGAUGGCUACAACGCACAAGCCGCAGUUAACUGGCUUUUAGAUGAAGCGCACCGAAAAUCAAAGGAACAGGCGCAAGGAAAGACCUCUUCGGCCAGCUCUAGUAGGCCAGGAAGCCGGCCCCCUAGAAGUGACAGCAGGUCACCAGCGGCUGGAGAACAGGAUCUGGCCAAGACCGCGGCUGCUAUGGGCAACAGUCUGUUCAAGACGGCUAACUCACUUUGGAAGACGGGACAGAAGAAGAUGCAGCAGGCUGUUGCUGAUUUGCAGCAAGAAGGCGGCGACCCAAGCCAACCUAAGUGGAUGCGAGAAGCGCAACAGCAACAAUCCUCAAAGGCGCAAGGAAAGGCUCGCGCAGAUGCUACAGACGAAGCCAUGAUGCUUGAAGCCGGUGGUCGCCCUCAACCUCGCCGCACUAACAGUCGAUCUACCGAGCAGAGAGAGACUCCUCAGCCAUCAAGGGGACAAUCCCCUGCUCAUUCUGUCGGCAGCCGUUCGAGCCCUGCUCCUCGAUGGCAACAACAAGCACCACCUCCGACAUCGGCUUUUGAUUCGAAGUCUCGACUUAAUCGCCUCGCCGCAGAUGACGACAGCCUCUCGACUUACAGAAGUCCUAACAGACGAAACAAGACGCCCUCACAAGGUCCCUCACCAGUGCCAACACCAAAGCCAGUUGAACCUGAGCCAGAUCUGCUCUUCAACUCACAGGAAUUCAGAUCAACCCAGUCUCUACCUACAAGAUCAGCCCAGCCAUCCCCUCGACCGACGACACAGGCCAAGCGACCUUCACCUCCUGUCUCAAGACCUACGCCACGACCAGCUCGGGAGGUACCCUCCAUUAGCCCUGUUGCCUUGCAAACGUCAACACAGCACCGACUUCAAGGCACAGCUCACUUUAAGCGAGGUGACUAUGCAUCUGCUCACUCAUCGUAUUCGUCUUCACUGUCGGCUGUUCCACCAACACAUCCUCUCGCCAUCCUCCUUCUAUGCAAUCGCGCCUUGACUGCCUUGAAGACCGGAGAACCAAAACAGGCUGUCGAGGAUGCUGAUACGGCGCUCAAACUUAUUGGACCUGGUAAUGGCCAAGGAGAAGUGGUGGCUGUCAAGAAUGAGAGUGGUGUUGAUGAGAACAGAGACUUGAAAGACCUCUAUGGUAAGGCCCUGAGCAGGAAAGCCGAGGCUCUCGAGCAGAUGGAGAAGUGGGCCGACGCCAGCGCGGUCUGGCAACUGUGUGUCGAGAGUGGCGUUGGCGGAUCGAAUGCUAUCAAGGGUCGACAGCGAUGCCAAAACACUUUGGCGCCCAAGCCUAAACCCAAGCCGGCAGCUGCCAAACCCCGACCAAGGCCUACGGCUACAGCUAGCCUUGCAUCUCAAAAGAGCUCUGAAGCUGUUACUCGUCUCCGCGAGGCGAACCAGGCUGCGGCUAAGGAGGAUGACGAGAAGUUUGUUCUCUCAGAAAAGGUUGACGCCAAAGUUGCUGCCUGGCGCGAUGGAAAGCGAGACAAUAUACGUGCUCUCAUCGCCAGUCUCGACAGCGUGUUAUGGGAGAACAGUGGGUGGAAGAAGGUUGGCUUGCACGAGUUGGUCAUGGCCAACAAGGUCAAGAUUUCUUACAUGAAGGCGAUUGCGAAGACCCAUCCUGACAAGCUUCCUCAAGACGCAAGUACUGAGGUGCGGUUAAUUGCGGGAUUGGUGUUUAGCACUCUCAAUGAGAGCUGGGAUAAGUUCAAGGCGGAUAACGGGCUAUGA